AGUAAUUAAUUAAUUGCAGAUAGUCACUAUCUCACCAUCAGUGGUGCCCUUCAAAUUUACAUUUAAUGAGAAAUAAAUUAUUAAAAACAAUAUGUGUAUUUAAAUAAAUAAACUUUGUCAGCAUGCUGCGAAAUAACAAUGUUUCCAUGGCCACAGCUGUUUAUUCACGAACAAAUUUCCUGAUAAUAAAACACCUAAAAUGACACGCAAAGCAAACAUUUUUUAUUAGUUUAACAACGCUUAACACAACAAUUUGGUCGCAUGUCGGGCAAAAAGCUGUUGCAUUAAUCAUAAUGAGGUAAAUAAACAAAUGUCUGAUUUCAAGUGCACGCUGCCAAACACGCACUCACUUAUGUACAUAAAUGUAUAAAAUCAAGUAAAGUUAUAUACAUACUAACGAAUAUAAUCCAAAAAUUAAAAAAAUAGAUUUGAAUUUAGAGAUAAACAUCAAAAAAAAAAUCAAAAAAUAAAAGUUAAAAAUGAUAUUUUUUAUAUAAUUUUUCUCCUCCUACAAUAUAAAAUUUAUAAACAACUUUCCAAAGCGCAAAAAGUCACGUUUGCUUACUGUUAACACGAAAUUAAACACAUACAAACGCAUAAGCAAACAUUUUUGAUGGCCAUUUCCGCUUGCUGCAUUCUAAGGCUGACAGCACACUACGUUUCCGCUUCUAGCUUUAGCCAAUUUUUUAUGCGCUCUCUUUCUAUCAACUCUUUUAACCUGCCGCUUGUUGCCAUGACUAAUUCGUGCUUUUUGCCGGCAUUUCAAAUUAUUUGUAUACGUUACUUACAGCGAAAUUGCCGCCAGAAGCUUUUAUUUCUCACUCAAAUGUGCAAAAUGCGAGUGAAAGCUCUGAAAGUUUAUUCUAGGCGGAUAUAUCUAAAAUUUGAGUGCAGCUUAACAACAACAAGCGGCGCUGCUACUAUGUUAUUGCAAGCUUUUUUUCUGAUUCAUACAUUUAUACAUGCUAGGCAUGCAAAUCUACAAACAUAUGUACAUGUUAGCGCUGGUCUUUGUAGUCUGUCAUGUGCUUGGCUUGUUGGCACUUUUGCUAGCAGCUGCUGAAACGUGACUCUGUUGUGUGAACGUAUAGAACUUUACAACAAUAACAGUGAAAUUACAUCAAAAUUAAGUAACUACAAAAUGGUGGCAGUUGCUUGUCUAUAAACAAUAAUGGCUUAAAAUUAUAUUAUAUAUAGAGAGAGAGGUCUCUUUUUGGAAGCAGAAACAGUUGCAAGGUUUCCAGGAAGCUUGAGCUCUUGCUAGAAAACUGGUAUUUUCGAAACAGGCGCUAGUUCCUUUCCUGAAUUGAAGAUAAGGUAUAUUUGGGGAUAAUUUUCUUUACUCUCCUUCUAAGCCUUAAAACUUUUACCAAGCUUUUGAAAAGCUUUCAUCAGAAAUACUUCAUAAUAUUUCAUAAUAUUCUGGUUUUGAGUAUUCUGUUCAUAUUUUUCUAACUUCAAUCCCCUCCAGACCAGUGUGACCGAGUAUGUUAUGAUUCAACUAAAGAACUAUUAAGAGCAAACUAUUAUAUAUUUAUAUUAAAAAAUUUAAAGGUUAGUAAAUUCAUCGAUAGAGGGCGCUGGGUUUCAAAAUUAUGGUAAUUAUUUAUUUAACAACAAAUACCGUUACAUAUACGAUGGUAUAUUCUGAAGAUGGGUGCACUUAGGCCUUCAGAGAAUAUGAGCAGUAACCUUAAUUUAUAUAUCCAUUGCGAUUUUCAUAAAUAAAGUGCUGUAUCUCACGGUUUACGAAUCGCGGAACACAUUGACUAUCAUUUCUGAAUUUUUCGAAGUAUAUAUAGUAAAUUUUCAAAAUAAUUUUCCAAAAGAACACACAGUUGUACUUUCUAUGCGAUUGGCAACGCUGCUACUUAUAUUGUAUCAUACAUGUGACAUAUAAACCAUUUUUAAAAACAAAAAAUAAAUAUAAAAGCAAAAACUCAAGCCCCACAAGCAAAAGAACACGUAAAGACAAAUAAAGAAAAGAAAAACAAAAGCAAAAUAAAGAAGCAAACACACAGCACAGAAGUUCAUUAAACGCCGACACAACGGCCAAGCAGCUGGCUGCCCAACACCACACACACACAUACAAACAUAACCAAAGGUUACCAAAGAAUAAAAGUAUGAAACAAAGAAGUAAAUAUAAUGAGCUAACCAAUAAAAGAAGUGCAUAGUGCAAAAAGAAGUAGCAAACAAAAGAUAAACAAACGAAAACCAGACGGAAGGCAAGCACACUUCAUGGCAACGCGGCGAACUCGGCAGCACACGAUGCGCUCAAACUGUUGCAUAGAGCCGGCCGGAGAGUUGAGGCACACGAAUGAGUGUGAGUGAGAGUUUGAUUGCGAGCGAUUGAGAUCACAAACGGAGUGCAUUCCAAGCGGUCACUCAAAACCACAGCGCGCACAAGCGUGUAUCUGUGAGAUACUCGUCGGUGCAUGUGUGCGUCGGGUGACUCAGCGAGCGCGGUGUGGGGCUGCACUUCUGCAGAUAACGCGGCGAAUUGCCAACGUUCAGUACUUUUUGUUGCUUUUUUUGGCUUGCUGCUCGAGCGUUUAUGUUUGUAUGUAAAGUGUUGCUAGAAUGGCAUAUAAAAUGUAUAGAAGUAGAGGAAGAGGAGGCAUGCCUGUGAAGUGCUAGAUAAAUUCGCCGCGGCCAAGCAGAUAGCAGAUAGCAUACCAGCGAGCGUGCUGCCAUACAAUUUGCAUUUGUAUGCGUGUAUCUGUGCCGUUGACUUUUUCGGCAGCAUUUCAUGCUCGGCUCUUCGUGCCUACAAUGUGUGUGCUGUGUGCGUGUGUAUGUGUGUGCAUGUUGCUGGUUUUGUUGUUAUUGUGCGUUGUUGGUAUUUGUUGUUGUUGUGCGCUGUUUCAUAUUGGGCACAGCGCGGCUGGUCGGCUGUCAAUGCUCAGCGAUUUCAGUAUCGCAGAGAUAUUCGACGUGAACGGUUCGGUGGCGACGAUUUGCUGCGACACAACUGAAUUGCUUAGAUACGAAGCGUAGCGAACAGCGACGCCGCGUGUGAAGUGAAGUGUACAGUGAAUGAUAGCAACAUUUAGCAAACAUUAGAUAGCUACAGCAGCAACAACAACAGCUAGUAAAUAUAUAUAUGUAUAUAAUUUAAUCACAUAUUAAAGCAGAUGAGCAGCGAUAGUGUGGCAAUAGUCAAGUGAAGUCUGAGAAAGAUAUAUGUACAUAUGUGCUUAUAAAAUAAUAAAUAAUAUAAAAUAUCUGCAUAUUCAUGUAAAAUAUGUGAAUGUAUGUAUCUGUGUUAAAACAAAAAAAAAAAAAUAAAUAAAUUGCUAUGCGUAUAAGCAAGUGGAGAUCAAAGAAAUUCCAAAGUACGAUUUUUCAUAAUUUAAUUCACAGCUAAACUAAAGUCUUCUACAUAUGCAUACAUACAUAUGUACAUAUACGUAUGUAUGUGUUUCUGGCGUUUCGUGCGCAUAUAAGUGCGUGUGUGUAUGCACGUGCGCGUACCGCUACCGUAAACAGCGGUGAUCAGCGAUCAGCAGCAGCAUCAAAGUAAGCCAUAAAAAAUCUUUCAGUACCCAACUAACAGCAGAGAUGUUGCAUUAAAUUUAUAAAAAGUUACCUGAAAAUCAAUUGAGUGUCUCACCACUUUAACUAUGUUAACUAAUAUUGAAAAAUAAAUACCUAGCCAUAAAAAAAUUUAUUAAAUAAUUUAAAUAAUACAUCUACAAAUAGAUAAUUUCAAAUGAAACUAAGUACGUGCAAAAAUAAAAGCUAUUCUAACAAAUAAAUCAACAUCUUCAAUAAUAACAAAAAUAUUUCUAAUGUGACUUGCUUGCACAAAGAACGAAAAUCAAAACAAAAGUGUUAAAUAUAGUGCUAAAUGAAAUGAAAAAAUACACUAAUUGCUCCGAUUCUAAGAAAUUUGUUUAUUUUUUUGUGUUUUGAGUUCAAUAUUAAUUUGCUCGGUGUGUGUGUGUGCCAACAACAAAGUGAAUAAUUUGCGAUUAUGUAACAGCAGUAAACGCAAAUAAAUAAGUUACCUGAAAUAAUACACAGAAAAUAUAAAGAGGAUCAGCGAUUUUCUACAGGUUCAGGCCUACAGCUGCGUAGCAUUGAGGAGCCAAGUGCGCAGUGCCAAACAACAACACAUCAUUACCAUCACACCGGUCGUAUGCCAGCGGCGGAGCAGGGGGGCACAGGGUGCGUCAGCUUUGAAAACGCCAAUGCGUUAAAUCAGCGUACCGGUGUCCCCCUGCAACUGCAAACUACACAAAAUCAAUAUCAUCAUCACCAACAGCAACAACAAAACCCGCACACCAUGCAACAUACAACACAAAAGGGCUACGAUGCCGAACAGGCGCGCAUGGAGGCGUGGAUGGAUGAGAAUCAAGAAUUUGUACAGGAUUAUUUCAUAAGAAAAGCCACACGUCAGGUAGUUGAUGCUUGGCUCGUUUCACAUGCCACUACAGCUGGCAAUGAUGUCUCGCUGACUGGCUCACCUACACAUACAAAUGGACAGAGUUGCUCAUCACGAGGUGGAUCGGGAGCGACAACGCCGGUGAGAAAAAUAUCAGCACAUGAAUUUGAACGCGGCGGUCUGCUGAAGCCAAUUGUCAACACCAUUGACGGUACACCGACAUUCUUAAGUGUAGGCACACAAAAUGAUUGCUCAACAAACAGCAGCAAUAUGGGCGGCAUUGGUGGUGGGAGUAAUGGCAAUAACAUUGGCGCUGGCAAUGGCAACUAUAAUGCUGCCAAUGGCACGAGCACACUCGGUGCUCAUCACUAUCAUCAUCAUCAUCAUGGACAGACGGCGCACAGUUUCGGCACAAUGGGCUAUUAUCGGCCGCAACGUUUGUCACGCAACGAAUUGAAGGCGUUGGAUGAGAAAGAGCUCAUUUUUGAACUGGUAAAGGAUAUCUGCAACGAACUGGAAGUGCGUACAUUGUGCCAUAAAAUCCUGCAGAAUGUAUCAAUAUUGUUGAAUGCAGACCGUGGCUCAUUGUUUUUGGUGCAGGGCCGUUGCAAUACCGCGAAUGAUGGACCAAAGAAAUGUCUCGUGUCUAAGCUGUUCGACGUUUGUCCACGCAGCACCGUGGAAGAGAUGGAACAGCAAGAGGAAGUACGCGUUGCUUGGGGUUCGGGCAUUGCUGGUCAUGUGGCUGAGAGCGGUGAACCAGUUAAUAUACCAGAUGCAUAUCAGGAUGAGCGCUUCAAUGGCGAAAUUGACAGCAUAACCGGCUAUCGAACGAAGGCGCUGCUCUGUAUGCCCAUUAAGGAUUCAUCGGGCGAUGUCAUCGGUGUGGCGCAGGUCAUUAAUAAAUUAAAUGGUGAAUGUUUCACUGAGGCCGAUGAGAAGGUGUUUGCCUCUUACCUGCAAUUCUGCGGCAUCGGCUUGCGUAAUGCUCAACUUUACGAGAAAUCCCAACUGGAAAUCAAACGCAAUCAAGUCUUGCUCGAUUUGGCGCGUAUGAUCUUCGAGGAGCAGAGCACCAUUGAGCAUAUGGUAUUCCGUAUACUAACACACAUGCAAAGUCUCAUACAGUGUCAGCGUGUGCAGAUCUUGUUGUUACACGAGGCUUCGAAGGGCAGCUUCUCGCGUGUGUUCGAUUUUGAAGCGAAUGAUCUCAGUGAAGAGGAGAAUACGUCACGUACGAGUCCGCAUGAGUCACGAUUCCCCAUCAAUGUGGGCAUCACCGGCUAUGUGGCCACAACUGGUGAGACUGUGAACAUACCAAAUGCUUACGAAGAUGAUCGCUUCGACGCCAAUGUCGAUAUCGAGGGCAACUUCAAGCACAAGUCCAUAUUAUGUAUGGCAAUCAAAAAUUCACUGGGUCAAAUAAUUGGCGUCAUACAGCUGAUCAACAAAUUUGAUGAUCUGAACUUUACCAAAAACGACGAGAACUUCGUCGAGGCUUUCGCCAUCUUCUGCGGCAUGGGCAUACACAACACACACAUGUACGAGAAGGCGAUCGUGGCGAUGGCCAAGCAGAGUGUCACUUUGGAGGUGUUGAGCUAUCAUGCCUCGGCAACGAUUGAUGAGGCGCAUCGAUUGAGGCGUUUACGUGUGCCAUCGGCUGCGCAUUUUCGCCUACACGAUUUUCGCUUUGAUGACAUACAUUUUGAGGACGAUGAUACAUUGAAGGCCUGCCUGCGCAUGUUCCUGGAUCUGGACUUUGUUGAGCGUUUUCACAUCGACUACGAGGUGCUUUGCCGUUGGCUGCUGAGUGUCAAGAAGAAUUAUCGCAAUGUUACUUAUCACAAUUGGCGACAUGCCUUCAAUGUGGCACAAAUGAUGUUCGCCAUACUAACGAUUUCCCAUAAUGGACAGGCGACGCAAUGGUGGAAGAUUUUCGGUGAGAUCGAGUGCUUGGCAUUGAUUAUCGGUUGCUUGUGUCACGACUUGGAUCAUCGGGGGACUAAUAACUCCUUCCAGAUUAAAGCCUCCUCACCAUUGGCUCAACUAUAUUCGACCUCCACCAUGGAACAUCAUCAUUUCGAUCAGUGUUUGAUGAUUUUGAAUAGUCCUGGAAAUCAGAUUCUAGCAAAUCUGUCAUCAGAUGAUUACUGUCGCGUAAUACGCGUUUUGGAGGAUGCCAUAUUAUCGACGGAUUUAGCGGUGUAUUUUAGAAAGCGUGGUCCCUUCCUGCAAUCCGUGAAGGAGCAGCCCCUCAGCUACUGGGAGGCUGACGAACCGCGUGCUUUACUGCGUGCUAUGAGCAUGACUGUCUGUGAUUUGUCGGCUAUUACAAAGCCGUGGGAUAUUGAGAAGCGUGUAGCCGAUUUGGUGAGUUCGGAAUUCUUCGAGCAGGGCGAUAUGGAGAAACAGGAAUUGAACAUAAUGCCCAUUGAUAUCAUGAAUCGCGAGAAGGAAGAUGAACUACCAAUGAUGCAAGUCAACUUUAUUGAAUCCAUUUGCUUGCCAAUUUACGAGGCUUUUGCCGAUCUCUCUGACAAACUGGAGCCACUGGUCGAGGGUGUACGCGAAAAUCGCGAACAUUGGAUCGAGCUGGCGCAGCAAGUACAAAAUAAAGAAAAUGCAGCCAGCAAUACAAAUGGCUGCACAGACACGACCAAGCAGAAUGGUUGCAUUUCGGAUGGGCGCAGCGACGUGACUGAUGAGAUCGGAACGACGAACACAACGAAUUGUGACAGCAACGCCGACGAUGGCAUAUCAACAGGCGCCGAAUGCGAAAUCGACGAGCAGAGUGAUAGCAAAAAUCCAAAGGAAAUUCACAACUGCAACAACAAUGACGAUGAUAAUGAUGAAGACGACGCGCACUUGUGCGCCGAAGAGGAGGAAGCCGCCAUCGAAGCAGAUGACGAUGACUCGGAUGUAGAGGCGUCGCGUCAUUCCAACGGUUGUUUCUCCUCCGGCUCGAGUCGUUUGAGUACACCACCACCCACAGGCGAAGACGACAGCCUACCGACUUCGCCGGCCAAGACGACACAGGCGAAACUUAUCGCCGCAAAUCUAAAUAGUCUUAAUCAGCGCACGCUCAAAUCGACACGCAACUGUUGUCGCAGUUGUGAAUAUGUGCGCUGCAGCGGCAAUAUGCGUAAAGCCUCCUCGCUCAAGGGCGCCAAAGAGUUGCAGCAACAAUUGAAUACACAAAAUGGCGGCAGUUGCGGUUACUACAGUCGCAGCGCACCCUCGGUGAGCAGUUGUGGUGUGACGAGCUCGGCCGCCAGCUUACAAAAACAGCAAAAUCACAGUGACAGCCAGCCCAAUCAGCUGCAGCAUCAUCAUCCUCACCACCACCACCAACAUAACCAUCACCAUCAUCGCCAUCACAGCCAUCACCAUCACCACCACCACAACAAUAAUCAACAUGCGUCACACAGUGGCAACGGCGCCACCGGCAAUACGUCAAGCGGCGCCGAAAGUGAUCGGAUACCGAAAAUUGUGGGUAAACUAGGCAACAUUGAUAGCUUGCAGUAUCUGGCUAGUGGUGGCAACGGCGCCGGUGAUGCGCUGCUGCACGCAAAUGCCGGCAAAGGCACACCAAAUGGCAUCGCGUUCACACCAAAUGGCCAUGUCACUUAUUUUGCCGCCAGCGAUGUGCCGACACUGGUCGUUUCGCCGACGGCGGCGCCCACAACAACAACAGCAGCAACGACGGCGACAAGCGCUUGUGAUAAAUGAAGUGUUUAAGCGAAGUACGUGAGCGAGCUUUGUGCGCUCACAUGGCAGUGUUGUAUUUAGUAUAUGUACAUAUGUAUCUGUGUAUGUGCUUGCAAUGGCUUAAAGUGCGUAUGGCUGUAGUGAAGGUGCGGCGCAUGCUGCGUUUUGUGGCUCCAACGAGUUCACUUACGGUACAGCUAAAGCAAAUGCGUAAAUUACAGUUUUGUUUAAAUGUAAUUAUUGAUUGUACUGCAUAUAUUUCGCUCUGCGUCUGUGUAUAAUGCAUACAGUAACUAUUUUGACUACUGUUUGGAGUUUGUAGUGAAGGUUAAAGAGAGAGUUUGUGAAAAAUUGAAUUUUUUUUGGACAAAAAUUAUCAAUAAUUUCAAAAAGUAGUUUGAGCUGAUGUAACCAAAAUUUACUUUUUUUAAUAACAUUACAUUUUUUCAUUUUAAUUUUUUUUUUCAAAAAUCUCCUUACAAACCUCAAAUCAAAUCAAAUUAUCAAGAACCGAAUAAUUUUCAAACCAUAAGCAGCCAAACUCCCUUACACUACAGUACCAAAGCACCCACCAUAAUAAGCAAAUAAGCACCAAGCAGUGCAGCAAAUCAUAUGCAGUUUAAGCGA